GAGUGGGCAUUCAGUGACCUUUGGCACAUCAGUCAGUUGUUCUUCAGGCUGUGCAGCAGGCAGAAAACUGAUCAGAGAGACUUUCUGCGGGCAACCAUCAGGAUGUUUUGACUUUUCCAUCUUCUCAGUCGAGUUCUGUUCAUCACCAUCUGUCAGAACCUCUGUCUCCCGCUGGUUCUGCCACACCACCUGCAGCCAUGGACAGCACUCCAAAGAAUUGGGUUUUAAAGCCUCUGUCCCCCACGCUCCAACCAUCAGACCUACGCACCAUUGCUGUACCAGCCCCAGGUCCAAAUGACCUGGACACCGCCUUUAGGAGCAUCUCAGUUUCACACAGUCAGCCUUGCGUAGUCGUCUCCUCCCAGCAGGGCGACGAGUCUCAGGAUGUUGUGGUUCAGGCCCGGCAGAUUGCUGUGUCGCCUGAUGGGGGAAACUCCAGUGACGAGUGGCAACCCAGCAGUCCCAGCAGUCCUGGCAGCAGCUCAGGCUCUCAUUGUGGGUUUUACUCCUUUGUGGAAGAUCCAGGAAGCCCCAAGGCUGAGCAUAAUGAAGCUUGGAUGGUCUCACCCCAGCGCCAGGCUAUGCUGGCCACCCUGAAGCAAGAGAAGGGCUUCAAACUACAGACCUACACAAGCAGCAAGAAACCCGAGAGUCUAUUCUCAGAGGGCAACGGAGACCUGCAGUACAAAGUUGAUGCAAACAAUGGAAUCAGAGUGGUUGGUGAGGAAGAGGAGAAGGAGCUUCGCAAAGAGAUCAUUCGUACCCAAGCUCCAAAGAAGAGUGCUGGGUUUCAGGACCAGCUGAGCUCCCAGGAGGAUCUGAGCCAGUCUACAAACAAACUGAUAGAAGGUUUCAGUUUAAGCUACAAGCCAGUCAGUUCCAGACCAGAACCCCCUCGUCCUGCUGAGCCCGGAACCAUCGACAAGGAGCAGAUCAACUUCAACACAAUCCGACAACAGUUUCUGAAGUUGGAGCAGGACCGGCUGAAGGCUCCGUCCAGUCCUCUGAAGUCCCCAAGAACACACCUGAAGUCAUAUUUGUGGCCAGAUCUUGAUGUAACCACACCAAAGAAGGUGGAGACAAGUAACAACGCAGCACAGUUUAAAGCACCUGAAGAAGAUGAAGCAUAUCGACAGAAGAAGGUGACGGUGUUCCAGACUGAGGAAUGUUUGAGCAGGCAAAGCAGCGUGUUUGAUGACCUGGACUCUGGACUGGAGGAGCUAUCAGGAGAGGUGGGUGGUGGCUACGUCAGCGAUGAUGGGGUGUUCAACGAUAACAUACAGCAGCUGAACAGACCCAUCAAGUCCACUAGUGCUUGUGAGACCCCAAUUGAACGGGAGAUUCGGUUAAUCCAGGAACGUGAGGAGAACCUGCGCCGCUCUCGAGGCCUGAAGCUUAGUGACAGUUGGGGACAGAUGGUUGAGAUCAAAACCAAACGCUUACAACCACGACCAGCACCGAUCAAAAUGAAAGAGAAGACUCGAGUGAGCUUCAUUGUCCAGGGAGAGGUCAAAAACGAGAACCAGAAUAAGCUUGAUCCUUCUCAGAAUAUCGAAGAGACUAGAAGUCAGUCGGAGCCACGAAACAAGGACAGGUGGACAGAGGAGAGCAGCCAGCCUGAGUCUGAAACAAGUGAAGUCUUUCCAUCUCCUUGCUGUCCUCAUCGACACCCUGAAGAACAAAAACAAAUGAGCCCGAUUCCCUCUUCCUUGAUCGAGAUAGACUCUGGGGUCCAGGACAGAAGACGUCUUGACCAGGAUCAAGUGUUUUCCUUUUCCUCUACUGCCUCCCUAGCAUUGACACCUCAAAAUGAAACAGCCCUUCAGUCCUGGAGGGAGAGCCUGAAGUCCACUGGCCUGCAGUGUAGAGGAAAAGGAGCCCCAGACUUCAUUGAGAAGGAAAUUGAGGAGGCUCUGAGAAGGGAGCAGGAGCUGAGGGAGUCCAGGGAGGAAGCCAAACAGCAGCUGUUCUCUCCAGCUCCUCUGGUGGAACAAGCGACCCAGAAGGCCGUCAGUCAGUUCUACCCGCCGAUAAAAACAGAGAAACCAGCCAGCGUGUCUUCUCCUCGCCCCUCCCUCCGUCUGCCCUCCGUCUCCUUCAUCACGGCUCGGCCCUGGACCUCCUCCUCUCCCUCUCCCUCCUCCCCCUCCCUAGCAGUGCGAGGUCUGACGGAGACUCUGCUGCAGAACUUUGAGGAGUAUCGAGCCAAACUGAAGCUGGAGGAGAGUGCAUACGCAGGGAUCCAGCCAGUUGAUGAGAUCAACAACGAGGUUGUGGAGUCGACUCGAGUCAAUCGACAUAAGAACCAGGGAGCUCUGCUCUGGGAGGCCAGACAAUUUGCCAACCAGGAGAACCAGUGAGUGUGCCUGACUCCAAAACCGGACUCGACCUCAAGCAGCAGGGCAGGAGAUCCUGAAAUACGGGACUGAGUUUCUCUCCUCAAGCUGGGAUGCAGUGGUUUCUAAAGACGCUCCAACAGAAAUGGCUGUUGCUGAUUGGUCCUUGAAGAUGACAGCAGUUCCCCUUGUCUAAUCAGCAGUCCGUUGGUUAGAGCCUAAAACAGAGACAACGUGUCUGAUUCAUAUAGAGAAAAAAAGAUAGUUCCAGUGUUUAUCUGGAGACUUUUAAUCUGACACAGCAGCACGGGAAGUUUCUGAUUGUUUUCAUGAUGCAUCAAAAAUAAAAAAUGAUUUUUAGUCCUCAGACAUUCAGAUGGUUCACAGCUGCAGCAUUAUAGCAGAAUCCCAGCGACAGGAAGCUCAGUUUUACCUGCUUUCUGAAAAACACCUGAACAGAGGGUUCUAACUUUCUCCAAAAGAUCCAGAAACGGGAAGUGUAGCCAAACUGAGAACCCCAAACCCAUCUCUGAAACAAAGGUUUACAAUGUGUUUUUAGCAGCAUUACCAGAAAACCUUCCACACAAAAUUAAACAGUGAUUCUCAUUGCUUUAA